GAGGCCGCCCCUCCACCGAGCCUGCCCUCCGCUAGCUCUGCUUGUUGUCUCACUGCCCAGGAGAGCAAGGCGAUGGGUCCGCCCCUGCUGCUGCCCCUGCUGCUGCCCCUGCUGCUGCCCCUGCUGCCGGCAGCUUCUCUGCAGGCUGGUGGCUCAGCAGAAUGCAAGUUAAACCCUACCCUUGGAGUCUACCUACCAAGGCACCUCUCAGCCCCUGAGGGUGGCUCCAUCGACAUCCCCUUCUCCUUCUGCUACUCCUGGCAGUUAGCCAGCGAUCCCAACGUGCGUAUAUCCUGGCGAUGGAAACACUUCCAUGGAGAGUUCAUCUACAACACAACCCCGCCGUUCACCCAUGAGAAUUUUAAAAACCGCCUCUCCCUGAACUGGACAAAGGGCCAGACGAGUGGCUCCCUCCGGAUCUCUAACCUGCGGAGAGAGGAUGAGAGUAACUACUUCUUCCGAGUCCGGUUGACCACACGGGACGAUGGCGAGAAGGAGUGGCAGUCCAUCGAAGGGACCCGCCUCACCAUCACCAGAGCCACUAAGAAAAUCACCACGGACCCCACCAACACCAUCACCCCUACCACCACCACCAGCACCACCACCACCACCACCACCACAGAUGGCCUCAGUAAGGAAGUUGUGGUCAGCCUGGCAGUGGCCAGCACUGUGCUCAAAAUCGCAAUUUUGGGACUGAUAGUCUACCUCUGGUGGAAGAGAAGCCAAGCCUCUAACCCACUUCCCACCCUUUCCUUCCCACGCAGGGGAUCCUUCCCUAACGCUGAGGAGGAGAACGAGAACAUUGGGCAUGAAGGACUACAUAGAAACUCCAAGUCGGACCCAAAGGCUGAUGGCAUCCUCUAUGCCUCCCUUACCCUCUCCAGUUUGGCCUCCCCCUCACCGCCAGCACCUCCUGGCCCCCUUCUCCCCGGGAGCCCUCAGGAAGAGACCCUGUACUCUAUCUUGGAGACCUAA